UUUAUAAACACCUGCCUUAAGACUCUGGUCAUUGAGAAAUUUGGAGAGGAGACAUGGGAGAAACUCAGUACACAGGCAGAAGUCCAGGACACCUUUAUGACUUAUGAAAUUUAUGAUGAUGUCAUCACCAUUCGUUUGGUGCAAGAGGCUUGCAAAAUGUUGGAUGUGUCACAGGAGGUAGUGCUGAAGCUGUUUGGAGAGUAUUUCUUCAGCUUCUGCAAGAUGUCUGGAUAUGAUGCAAUGCUGCGUACUCUGGGAGGCAAUCUGGUGGAUUUCAUUGAAAACCUCGAUGCUCUCCACAGUUAUCUGGCUCUGUCCUAUCAGGAGAUGAACGCUCCCUCCUUUCGAGUGGAGAAAAUGGAGAAUGGCAAGAUGCUACUCCACUAUUACUCUGACAGGAAAGGCUUGUACCACAUUGUCCCUGGUAUUAUCGAGGCAGUGGCUAAGGAUUUCUUUGACAGUGAGGUCACCAUGACCAUUCUGAACCAGUCAGAAGAGGAUGAGAGAACUGGGAAAAAAGAGCAUGUUGUUUUCUUGGUUGUGCAGAGGAGCUGUCGGCCCAAAACAAAAGGCCAGAUAACAGCAAGCAGGACUGAAGUGGAGUUAGAGAUUUAUCGAAAGGAGAGGGAAGAGACACUGAGAAAAAUGAAGGCCAGGUAUGCUAACCUGCCAGCGUGUCCAGGGAAACGGUCGCCAUGGGAGAUAGUCAGAAGCAUUGUCAAAUUUGGCCAAGGGAAAAUUCAGCAUUCGUUUACUCCAUGCUACCCACAGAGGCUCUGGAUUGAAGAACAAGCAUUCUGCAACGCCUUCCCUUUUCACAUCGUCUUUGACAGAGAACUCAGAGUGAAACAGACCGGGGUGAACAUUCAGAAGUUUGUGCCUGGCCUACAGACGCUGGAUAUCAGACUGGAUGAAUACUUCAGUAUCGUCCAUCCGCAAGUCACCUUCAACAUUGAGAGUAUCAAGAAGUUUAUCAAUAGUCAGUUUGUGCUUAAGACCAGGAGGGAGAUGGCUCCAGAACCAUCCCAACAGAAGUCCCUGCUCAAACUGAGAGGUCAGAUGCUGUGGAUGGAGUCCCUGGGCUGUAUGGUGUACCUCUGCUCUCCUAAACUGCGUAGCCUCCAGGAGCUCGAGGAACGAGGUUUACACAUCGCCGACAUAGCCCAGCACGACACCACCCGCGACCUUAUCCUCCUCAACCAACAGCGCCUGGCUGAGAUCGAGCUCUCCAACCAGCUGGAACGCAAAAAGGAAGAGCUGCGCAUCCUCUCACGCCAUCUGGAGAUAGAGAAAAAAAAGACAGAGACGCUGCUCUACGCCAUGCUCCCUCGUCACGUGGCCAACCAGCUGAAAGAGGGCAAGAGAGUGGAAGCAGGGGAGUUUAAUGUGUGCACCAUUCUGUUCAGUGAUGUUGUGACCUUCACCAACAUCUGCGCUGCCUGUGAACCAAUUCAGAUCGUCAACAUGCUCAAUGCCAUGUACUCCAGGUUUGACCGACUGACCAACAUCCACGAUGUCUACAAGGUGGAGACAAUCGGCGAUGCCUACAUGGUCGUUGGCGGCGUUCCCGUCCCCACCGACACCCACGCGGAGCGGGUGGCAAACUUUGCCCUGGGAAUGCGGAUCGCUGCCAGAGAAGUCACCAAUCCCAUCUCUGGACAACCAAUACAGAUUAGGGUGGGUCUCCACACAGGACCUGUGUUGGCAGGUGUUGUAGGGGAGAAGAUGCCACGUUACUGCCUGUUUGGAGACACAGUUAACACAGCUUCUCGUAUGGAGAGUCACGGUGUCCCAGACCACAUACACCUGAGUCCUUUCACCUACAGGGCACUGGAAGGUAAGAGCUUUGAGAUCAGCAAACGAGGAGAGAUCCAGGUCAAAGGAAAAGGCCUAAUGACCACGUAUUUCCUGCUGCACAACCUCAAAAUAUCUGAGGACCAGAUUAUGGGGAGACCAGGUGUGAACCUGGACCUUUAUGAAGAGGACCAGCAACAGUCAUCCCGGUGCAACACAGGUUUUGCUGAUAUGAAGCAAGCAGAGAGAGAUGAGGCCCCGCCCACUGAGGGGCAGAACAUGUCAUCACCACACUCUGCCGUUGCCCUAACUGACACUGUGAAUGGCUUACAGCCAGACCACAGGACUGACUCCAGACUCUGUUUAUUGCUCUAG